GCGAGCAAGAAACGGAUCAAAUCGCUCGAGGAGGAAGCAUCGAUAGCUAAGAUUUUAGGUGAGGAGGUGCGAAACUCUGUGAAGGAGCAGCUGCUUGAGCUGGAAACCAUGCGCAUCGAUCUGGCGGACGCGCUGGCAGAGAAUCAAAGCUUGCUGGAAGCCGUUCAACAGAGCAAAACACUGGAAUCGCAGAAAGAGCAACUUGUUGCGGCAGCCGAAAGCCUUGAAAAAGAAAAAGACACGCUGGCGAGAGAAAAUCAGAGCUUAGUUGAACUUAACGCAACGCUGUUGAGUCAAAAAGCUGCUGUAGUGGAGGAAAGGGCGUUGCUGUUGGG